AUGAGUAUUGAUGUAGAUGCUUUAACAAGUGCUGCUCGACUUGCUAUGGAUCGAGCAUACUGUCCGUAUAGCAAAUUUACUGUUGGUGCUGCUUUAUUAACCAAAGAUGGUAAAAUAAUCACAGGAGGAAAUGUCGAGAAUGCAUCUUAUGGUGGAACAAUAUGUGCGGAACGGAGUGCAGUAACACGUGCGGUAGCUGAAGGUUAUCGUGAAUUUCAAGCAGUUGCAGUUUGCGCAACACCAGCUGAGCCUACUGCUCCUUGCGGACUUUGUCGACAAUUUCUUAUUGAAUUUGGUGACAUGAAGGUAAUAAUGAUAUCAUCAACUUCCAAUAAACGAAUAGAAAUGCAACUUUCACAGCUAAUACCACUAUCAUUUACAACAAAAGAUUUGAUACAUUAA